AUGUACAAGUUAGCCUUCCUAGUCUGCUCCGCCCUGCUGCUCAGCUAUGUCUUGGCCAGGCCACAGGACCAAAGGGCAGGAGCUCCUAGUGCCACAACUACGACCACAGCUGCCACCAUUGUCAAGCAGGAUAAUGUGAACAAUGCCGAUGGAAGCUUCAACAGCAGCUACGAGACCUCAAACGGAAUACGUGUGGAGAACAUUGGCUACCUGAAGAAGAUCAUUGUGCCCAAGUCAGAGACCUCCGAUGGUCAGGUUGUGGAGGAGCAUGAGGAACUGGUCCUGGUCCAGACAGGCUCCUACAGCUACAGUGAUCCCGAUGGCAAUAUCAUCACUCUGCGCUACGUGGCCGAUGAGAAUGGUUUCCAGCCCGAAGGCGAUCAUCUGCCGGUGGCACCGCAAUAA